CAGGCUGCUGUGAGGUUUCUGAUUUACAAUCCAGCAGGAGCAGAGUGACGAUCAGCACGUGCCUUUGGGACUUCAACAACACAGAGAAGAACGAGACAAGUGGAGACCCACUAAAGUGUUCACAGAGCUAAAGGGGAAAAAAAGCACGACUCUUCUCUUUUAAUACAUUUGUUUUGUGAGGACCACUGAAAACAAUGAAAGCUCCACUUAAAUGACCAUCGCUGCACAUACAGGACAGCUGCCACAGCAGGACAAGUAGAUGGAAAGGACUUUGGAUGGUAUAUCAAGGAGCUGCUGUAUACCUUCUUUUUUUCAUGGCAUAACGAACACCAACUGUGAGUAAGGAGAACCUUUUCACUCUUUCCACUGUAAGUGUACACUCUGGUUUAAAGAUGGAUAACAGCACGGACUGCAACAAGAGUGACAACUUCAAGUAUAACCUCUACGCCUCGGUUUUCUCCAUGGUGUUUGUAGUCGGACUUACCUUCAACGCGGUGGCUGUGUACAUUUUUGGCUGUACGCUGAAGAUACGGAAUGAGACCACGACGUAUAUGAUGAACCUCGUGGUUUCAGACUCUCUGUUUGUCCUCAGCCUGCCUUUUCGGAUUGUGUACUUCAUCAAACGUGACUGGCUCUUUGGAAGUGCGCUCUGUAAGAUCUCCGUGGCCCUAUUCUACACCAACAUGUACGGCAGCAUCCUCUUCCUCACCUGCAUCAGUGUCGAUCGUUUCCUAGCAAUUGUGUAUCCAUUUCGGUCCCAAACAAUUCGUACGAGGAAAAAUGCCAAGCUGGCCUGCCUUACAGUUUGGGUGAUCAUUCUCUCUGGAGGUAUAACCACUGGGGUCUUUUUGGACACCACUUCACCGAACAAUACUAACUUGGGUUCGGUAAACUCAACGCCACAGUUUUGCUUUGAAAACUACUCAAAAAAACAAUGGAAGGCUGAGCUUUCGUGGGUGGUGAUGUUUAUUGAGACUGCAGGCUUCCUUAUCCCACUGAUGUUGAAUGUGUUCUGCUCUGUCAUGGUGCUAAGGAUACUGAGGAACCCCAAAACCAUCAGCCGCGGAGGAAACCUCAACAAAGCAAAAAUCCUGAGGAUGGUCUUUGUGCAUUUGCUCAUCUUCUGCUUCUGUUUCAUUCCCUACAAUGUGAAUCUCAUCUUCUACACCUUGGUCCGCUCCAAAAUCCUAAAGGGAUGCUUUGCAGAACAUGUUGUAAGAACCAUCUACCCCAUCGCUCUGUGCAUAGCGGUGACCAACUGCUGCUUUGAUCCAGUUGUCUACUACUUCACUUCAGAGGCCAUUCAAAGCUCCAUUAAACGAAAGUCUUCAGCAUGGCAAAAUGGUGCCAGGCUAUUCGAAAGACUACAGAUGGACAGCUUGCAAAGCAGCCCAAGUUCAACGCCCAAGAGUUUGACGCUGAAAAGUCUGAGACCCAAAAUAUUUGACAAUGAGUCCACGGUCUAAAGACAGCCUGGUAAUGUGAGCUACAAAUUUGACUUAAGCGAGUAUGGCUGACAAAACUUCAAUUCAGAGGACAAAUCAGAGGACAUGGGUGAAAGCAGAGUGCCUUAGAAAAACAACAUAAACAAAAUGGUUACUGGGGAGUCCGGCUCACCUAUCGGACACAACAGAGACUUUAGACCGGAAGAUAAUGAUUCAGUCAACAAUAGGUACUAACACAAAGAAAGAACUUCUUUCACAGAGAAGACUCACCUUUAAGAAAAACCCUAAUUUGACAGUGCUGAACCAGUAUUACAACUCUUUACAUCUACUGCCCUGUACGGUUUUCAAGUAUUUGUUUUAUGUGUAUUGAGGUUUUAAAGAAGUUUUUAGAGAAUCAUGUUCUAUAAAAGCUUUGAUUCCCAUUCUGAAAUUGAAUUAAAUAUUUUUGUAACAUUUUGAAGUGUUGUGUAUUGAAUUCAAUACUUGUUUGAUCAAGCGGUAGGUUGUGAAAUACUUGGCACUAUCUUGGAAGAAUUUUUUUCCCCCAUGUGGCUUUCACUGUUCCCAGCUAAAUAAGUCAUCUAGACUGGUUAGUCAUAUGUGUGUGGUUGGCCCCUCAGUGCACAAUACAUUUAUAAAGUUUUAAAUUGUUUCAUUACAUGUGUUGGUAAUAA